AGCCGAGACCCCUGGGAUCUCCUCCCGCGCGCUCUACGCAGCCAACCCUACCAGUUUUCAGCCGAUGCCUCCGCCGCCGCCCCGGCUGCUGCUGGUGCUGCUGUUUCUCCUGUCACUGGUAAGCUGCGUCCCCGCACAGCACCCGGCCCCCGGCCUGGCGUUGCUAUCCCCUGAUCUCGCGGGGAUUGCAGGGGUCCCCGCCGAGGAGACCAUAGUGCUGGUGAACCGUGGGCUCCGCGUACCCUUCGGCCGUGAGGUCUGGCUGGAUCCACUGCACGACCUGGUGCUGCAGGUGCAGCCGGGGGACCGCUGCGCGGUGACCGUGCUAGACAACGAUGCGCUGGCCCAGCGGCCCGGCCGCCUGAGUCCCAAGCGCUUCCCGUGCGACUUCGGCCCUGGAGAGGUGCGCUACUCGCACCUGGGCGCGCGCAGCCCGUCGCGGGAUCGCGUCCGGCUGCAGCUGCGCUAUGACGCGCCCGGAGGGGCGGCAGUGCUACCCUUGGUGCUUGAGGUGGAGGUGGUCUUCACCCAGCUGGAGGUUGUGACUCGGAACUUGCCCCUGGUCGUGGAGGAGCUGCUGGGAACCAGCAAUGCCCUGGAUGCGCGGAGCCUGGAGUUCGCCUACCAGGCCGAGACGGAGGAGUGUCGCGUGGGCAUCCUGUCGGGCUUGGGCGCGCUGCCUCGCUAUGGGGAACUCCUCCAUUACCCACAGGUCCCGGCACGAGCCAGCGAGGGGGGCGCCCAGGAGCCUCUCCUGAUGGCGUGCAAAGCUUUCCAGGAGCUAGGCGUGCGCUACCGCCACACAGCCCCCAGCCGUUCACCAAACAGGGACUGGGUGCCCAUGGUGGUGGAGUUGCGCUCACGAGGAUCUCCUGUGGGCAGCCCUGCUUUGAAACGUGAGCACUUCCAGGUGCUGGUGAGAAUUCGAGGAGGGGCCGAGAACACCGCACCUAAGCCCAGUUUUGUGGCCAUGAUGAUGAUGGAGGUGGACCAGUUCGUACUGACCGCCCUGACCCCAGAUAUGCUGGCAGCUGAGGACGCUGAGUCUACCUCUGACCUGUUGAUCUUCAAUCUCACCUCUCCAUUCCAGCCUGGUCAGGGCUACUUGGUGAGCACUGAUGAUCGCAGCCUGCCCCUCUCUUCCUUCACUCAGAGGGAUCUGCGCCUCCUGAAAAUUGCCUACCAGCCUCCCUCUGAGGACUCAGACCAGGAGCGUCUCUUUGAGCUGGAGCUGGAGGUAGUGGACCCAGAAGGAGCAGCCUCAGAUCCUUUUGCCUUCAUGGUAGUGGUGAAGCCCAUGAACACACUGGCUCCGGUGGUCACCCGGAAUACUGGUCUCAUUCUCUAUGAGGGCCAGUCUCGGCCCCUCACAGGCCCUGCGGGAAGUGGACCACAAAACUUAGUCAUCAGCGAUGAGGACGACCUAGAGGCAGUGCAGCUGGAGGUGGUGGCUGGGCUACAGCAUGGUCACCUUGUCUUUCUGGGUGCCUCCAGUGGCAGCUCCGCUCCUAAGACCUUUACAGUAGCUGAGCUAGCAGCUGGCCAGGUGGUCUACCAUCACGAUGACAAAGAUGGCUCAUUGAGUGACAACCUCGUGCUUCGAAUGGUGGACGGAGAUCGCAGGCACCAGGUGCAGUUCCUGUUUCCUAUCACCUUGGUGCCUGUGGAUGACCAGCCGCCAGUCCUCAAUGCCAACAUGGGGCUGACACUGGCAGAGGGUGAAACAGUGCCCAUCCUGCCCCUCGCUCUAAGUGCGACUGACAUGGACUCAGAUGACUCUCUACUGCUUUUUGUGCUGGAGUCGCCCUCCUCAACUACAGGGCAUCUGCUUCUCCGCCAAGUCCAUCCUCCCCGUGAGGAGGAGGAGCUUAUCAGGGGCCCUUGGAGGAAACAGGGAGAAUUCUAUGAGAAAACAGUGACAGAGUGGCGGCAGCAGGACAUAGUGGAGGGGAGGCUGUUCUACAGGCACUCUGGGCCCCAUAGUCCGGGCCCAGUGAUGGACCAGUUCACAUUUCGAGUCCAGGAUAACCAUGACCCCCCUAAUCAGUCUGAGCUACAGAGGUUUGUGAUUCGCAUUCAUCCGGUGGAUCGCCUCCCUCCAGAGUUGGGCAGCGGCUGUCCCCUUCGGAUGGUGGUACAGGAAUCCCAGCUCACACCGUUGAGGAAGAAGUGGCUGCGCUACACUGACCUGGACACAGAUGACCGAGAACUACGUUACGCGGUGACUCAGCCCCCAAUGGACACAGAUGAAAACCACUCACCAGCCCCAUUGGGCACCUUGGUCCUGACUGACAACCCUUCAGUUGCGGUAGCCCAUUUUACACAGGCCCAGAUCAACCACCAUAAAAUUGCUUACAGACCUCCAGAUCAAGAACUAGGAGUGGCAGCCCGAGUGGCCCAGUUCCAAUUCCAGGUAGAGGACCGAGCUGGGAAUGUGGCUUCAGGCACCUUCACCCUUUACUUGCAGCCAGUGGACAACCAGCCACCUGAGAUUCUGAACACUGGCUUCACUGUUCGGGAGAAGGGCCACCAUAUCCUGAGUGAGACUGAGUUGCAUGUGAAUGAUGUAGACACUGAUGUAGCCCACAUCUCUUUCACUCUCACACAGGUACCCAAACAUGGCCACAUAAGGGUGUCUGGGCAAAUACUGCAUGUAGGUGGGAUUUUCCACUUGGAGGACAUAAAACAGGGUAGGAUUUCCUAUGCCCAUAGUGGGGAUGAGUCUCUGACUGAUAGCUGCUCCUUGGAGGUCAGCGACAGACACCAUGUGGUGCCCAUCACUCUCAGGGUGAAUGUCCGGCCAGUGGAUGAUGAGAUGCCCAUGCAUCGCCUUCCUGCUGGUACUCUAGGGUCAUAUCUAGAUGUUUUAGAAAAUGGGGCUACUGAAAUCACUGCCAAUGUCAUCAAGGGGACUGAUGAGGACACUGAUGACUUGAUGUUGACUUUCCUCUUAGAAGAUCCACCCUUAUAUGGAGAAAUCCUGGUCAAUGGAGUUCCAGCAGAGCAGUUUACCCAAAGGGACAUCUUGGAGGGCUCUGUCGUCUAUGCCCACACUAGUGGUGAGAUAGGCCUAUUGCCCAAAGAGGACUCUUUCAACCUGAGUCUGUCGGAUAUGUCUCAAGAAUGGAGAAUACGUGGUAAUACUAUCCAAGGAGUUACUGUGUGGGUGACCAUCCUCCCUGUUGACAGCCAGGCCCCAGAAAUUUCUCUAGGUGAACGGUUUAUAGUAAUGGAAGGUGAUAAAAGUGUUAUAACUUCAAUGCAUAUAAGUGCUAAAGAUAUUGAUUCCCUAAAUGAUGACAUCUUGUGCAUUAUAGUUAUUCAGCCUACCUCAGGUUAUGUUGAAAACAUUUCUCCAGCCCCGGGCUCUGAAAAAUCAAGAGCGGGAAUUGCCAUAAGUGCCUUCACUCUGAAAGAUCUCAGGCAGGGUCAUAUUAACUAUGUCCAGAGUGUUCACAAAGGGGUGGAACCUGUGGAAGACCGAUUUAUCUUUCGUUGUUCUGAUGGCAUUAAUUUUUCAGAGAGACAUUUUUUCCCCGUUAUAAUCAUUCCUACCAAUGAUGAACAGCCAGAAAUAUUUAUGAGGGAAUUUAUGGUGAUGGAAGGCAUGAGUCUGGUGAUCGAUACACCCAUCCUCAAUGCUGCUGAUGCUGACAUUCCUCCAGAUGACUUAACUUUCACUAUUACCCAAUUUCCUACUCAUGGUCACAUCAUGAACCAGCUGAUAAAUGGAACGGUUUUGGUUGAAAGCUUCACCUUGGACCAGAUCAUAGAGAGUUCCAGCAUUAUUUACGAGCAUGAUGACUCUGAGACCCAGGAAGACAGUUUUAUGAUUAAACUAACAGAUGGUAAGCACUCUGUGGAAAAGAUGGUCCUCAUUAUUGUUAUCCCUGUUGAUGAUGAGACCCCCAGAAUGACCAUCAAUAAUGGACUAGAAAUAGAAAUUGGGGAAACCAAAAUUAUCAACAACAAAAUAUUAAUGGCAAGUGAUUUAGAUUCUGAAGACAAAUCCCUGGUUUAUAUUAUUCGUUAUGGGCCAGGACAUGGCUUAUUACAGAGACAAAAGCUUACAGGUGCGUUUGAAAACAUCACACUGGGCAUGAAUUUUACCCAGGAUGAAGUGGACAGAAACUUAAUUCAGUAUGUCCAUUUUGGGCAAGAGGGCAUUCGAGACCUAAUUAAAUUUGAUGUGACUGAUGGAAUAAAUGCCCUCAUAGAUCGCUACUUUUAUGUGUCUAUUGGGAGCAUUGACAUUGUCUUCCCUGAUGUGAUAAGUAAGGGAGUGUCCUUGAAAGAAGGUGGUAAAGUCACCCUCACAACAGACCUACUAAGCACUAGUGAUUUGAACAGUCCUGAUGAAAACUUAGUUUUUACCAUCACCAGAGCUCCCGUGAGAGGUCACUUAGAAUGCACAGAUCAACUCGGAGUGUCCAUCACAUCUUUCACUCAGCUCCAACUGGCUGGCAACAAAAUCUACUACAUCCACACAGCUGAAGAUGAGGUCAAGAUGGACAGUUUUGAGUUUCAAGUCACCGAUGGACGAAACCCUGUCUUCCGGACAUUCCGUAUCUCCAUUAGUGAUGUGGACAACAAAAAGCCAGUGGUCACCAUCCAUAACCUGGUUGUCAGCGAAGGUGAAAACAAGCUGAUCACUCCCUUUGAACUCACUGUCGAAGACAGAGAUACUCCUGACAAACUCCUGAAAUUCACUGUCACCCAGGUGCCUGUUCACGGUCAACUGCUAUUCAACAACACCAGACCUGCCGUGGUUUUUACCAAGCAAGACUUGAAUGAAAACUUAAUCAGCUACAGACAUGAUGGCACUGAGUCAAGUGAAGACAGCUUCUCCUUCACAGUGACUGAUGGUUCCCAUACAGAGUUCUACGUUUUUCCUGACACAGUAUUUGAAACAAGAAGACCCCAAAUGAUGAAGAUCCAGGUCUUAGCUGUUGACAAUAGUGUCCCCCAAAUUGCAGUGAACAAAGGGGCCUCUACACUUCGUACUCUGGUCACUGGCCACUUGGGGUUCAUGAUCACAAGCAAAAUAUUGAAAGUGGAGGACAGAGACAGCUUACGUUUUUCUCUUAGGUUUAUUGUGACAGAGGCCCCUCAACAUGGAUACCUCAUCAACCUGGGCAAAGGCAACCACAGUGUCACUCAGUUUACACAAGCUGACAUUGAUGACAUGAAAAUAUGCUAUGUUUUAAGAGAAGGGGCUAAUGCCACCAGUGAUGUGUUCCAUUUUACGGUUCAAGAUGGUGGUGGAAACAAGUUAACCAAGCAGCAUUUUCGUCUGAAUUGGGCAUGGAUCUCCUUUGAAAAGGAAUAUUACCUGAUCAACGAGGACUCCAAAUUUCUAGAUGUCGUUCUGAAACGUAGAGGCUACUUGGGAGAGACGUCAUUUAUAAGUAUUGGCACAAGAGAUGGGACUGCAGAAAAAGACAAAGACUUCAAGGGCAAAGCACAGAAACAAGUACAGUUCAACCCAGGCCAGACCAGGGCCACAUGGAGAGUACGGAUCAUGAGUGACGGGGAGCAUGAGCAGUCUGAGACCUUCCAGGUGGUUCUCUCAGAGCCUGUGCUGGCUGCCCUGGAAUUCCCUGCAGUGACUACAGUGGAGAUCGUUGACCCAGGAGAUGAAUCAACUGUAUUUAUUCCCCAGUCUGAAUACUCCAUUGAAGAAGAUGUUGGUGAACUGUUCAUUCCCAUCAGGAGGAGUGGAGACGUGAGCCAGGAGUUGAUGGUGAUCUGUUAUACGCAACAAGGAACGGCGAGUGGAACUGUGCCAACAUCCGUGCUGUCCUAUUCUGAUUACAUAUCCAGGCCUGAGGACCACACCAGUGUUGUCCGCUUUGACAAAGAUGAGCGGGAGAAAAUGUGCCGGGUUGUUGUUAUUGACGACUCCUUGUAUGAAGAGGAGGAGACAUUCCAUGUCCUUCUGAGCAUGCCUAUGGGUGGGAGAAUUGGAUCAGAGUUCCCAGGAGCUCGGGUUACAAUCAUCCCUGACAAAGACGAUGAACCAGUCUUCUACUUUGGUGAUGUCGAGUACUCUGUGGAUGAGAGUGCCGGCUAUGUGGAAGUGCGGGUAUGGAGAACGGGCACUGACCUGUCCAGGUCUUCCAGUGUAACCGUGAGAUCUCGGAAAACAGAUCCUCCCUCUGCCGAUGACACAAAUGGAGAUGUCAACACUAGGUAUGUGCCCCAUGGUCUGUAA